GUACUGCUGUUCGGAUUUCAUUGYGGUUGUGCGCCAUAUUGGCAAUCUUCUCCAUCUCACCAAGCUAACGUAGAGCAUGCAUCAAACCGGUUGUCGAAGAGAACAAUAUAAACAUUUUACAGCUUACAACGAGACUCAAAUACAACACCAUGGAGGCUGUCAAAGCAUUCAACGGCGAGCUCUACUCGUUGAAUGAGUACAAGCCUCCAAUCUCCAAGGCGAAAAUGACCAAUAUUACCAAGUCUGCAAUAAAAGCUAUAAAAUACUACAAACAUGUUGUCCAGGGCGUGGAAAAAUUUGUUCAGAAAUGCAAGCCAGAGUAUAAGGUCCCAGGCCUGUAUGUCAUGGACUCCAUCGUGCGGCAGUCACGGCACCAGUUUGGCCAGGACAAGGAUGUGUUUGCCCCGCGCUUCAGCAAAAACAUCAUCGGAACCUUCCAACAUCUCUACCGCUGCCCCUCAGAUGACAAGAGUAAGAUUGUCAGGGUCCUCAACCUCUGGCAGAAGAACGCCGUCUUCAAGAGUGACAUCAUCCAGCCGUUGCUGGACAUGGCUGCAGGACUGCCCCCUCCCAGUGUCACCCCAGUCAUGACCAGCCGGGAUGCUGCAGUCAACACGCCUGGUACCCCAGCGACCCCGGCCACCCCAGCCAACAUCGUAUCCAGUCUGCCUGACUGGGCGUCGCAGUUCUCCAACACAGACACUGUAGCUGCUGUGGCCCAGAUCCUGCAGAGUCCACACGGCCAACAGCUCCAGCAGCUGGUGCAGAGCCUGCAAAUGCAGCAGCAGAAGCCCCAGCCAUCUCUGCUUCAGGCGUUGGAUGCCGGACUGGUGGUCCAGCUGCAGGCUCUGACGGCCCAGCUCACUGCAGCCGCCACGGCCAACCCCAUGCAGCUCAACCCCCUGGAGCAGAGGAUCUCCUCCUUCAACAAGAAAAUGUUGGGCCAUUUUGACUUUGGGAACGAUUCAGAACGCUCUGAAGACCCCAAAAAGGACGCCCAAUCAUCCCAGAUGCCCAUGGUGUCUGACUCCAUCUUCCACCAGCUGGCUGAGCAGCUGCAGCAGCAGAACCUGGAGCACUUCCAGAAGCAGCUCAUGGAGCACCAGCAGAAGUCCAUGAACAUGGAAGGGCAGGAUGGAAUAUUUGGGUCUGAGAACACGGCCAUGCCCCAACAGAGCAGCAGCCAAUCACAGCACCCGGCGCCGCAAAACAAGAUGGACGACUCAAUUGACAACCAGCAGCAGGACAUGGACUUGGAUGACGGGCCAGAGAUGGAGGAAGAGCGCUUCGAACCAGAGGACAAGAAGUCCAAGAUGGUCGACACGCGGUCAAGAACACGGUCUAGGUCACGAUCAAGAUCUCCCAGGAAGAGACGGUCCAGAUCACGGUCAGGCUCUCGGAAACGGAAACACCGUAAGCGGUCGCGGUCACGCUCCAGAGAGCGGAAGAGGAAGUCGUCGCGGUCCUACUCCAGCGAGAGACAAGCCCUCGAGCGAGAGAAAGAGCGUCAGAAGAAAGGACUGCCUCCCAUCCGAUCCAGGUUUCUCAGUGUGUGCAGCACCACUCUGUGGGUGGGACAGGUGGACAAGAAGGCCAGUCCGCAGGACCUCACCAACCUGUUUGAAGAGUUUGGUCAGAUUGAGUCGAUCAAUAUGAUCCCUCCUCGUGGCUGUGCCUACAUCUGUAUGGUCCACAGACAGGAUGCCUACUGCGCAAGACAGAAACUCAGCACUGGUUCAUUCAAGAUCGUCUCCAAGAUCAUCAAGAUUGCGUGGGCGCUGAAUAAGGGAGUGAAGCAGGAGUAUAAGCAGUUCUGGGACAUGGACCUGGGGGUCACCUACAUCCCCUGGGAGAAGGUCAAGCUGGAUGACCUGGACGGCUUUGCUGAGGGAGGCAUGAUCGACCAGGAGACUGUCAACGCCGAGUGGGAAGCAGCCAAGAAUGCGCCAGAGCCAAUGAAGGAAGCUGUGAGCCAAGCUGUGAGCGUUGAACCCAUGACAGCCACCAACACCCAACAGACCCAAAAGGAGGCUUUCAGCCAACAGGAGGCUUUCAGCCAACAGGAGGCUUUCAGCCAACAGGAGGCUUUCAGCCAACAGGAGGCUUUCAGCCAACAGGAGGCUUUCAGCCAACAGGAGGCCUUCAGCCAACAGGUCUCCAUGAUGCCUGUACAGCUCCCUGUGGCUCAGGCUGUCCCUGCCGUGGGUCUUGUGCCUCCAUCCUUCCCUGUUUCCAUGGCGAUGCCUCCGCCAGGCUAUGGCCCCCUGCCCCCCUUCCUCAGAGCAGGUUUCAACGCCUCCCAGCCUCCUCCAGGAUUCAUGCAGGCAGCAGGUGUUCCUCAGCAAGCAGGCAUGGGCUCAGCUCCUAUAUCUCUAGUGCCGACCUCCAUGUCGCAGGCUCAGGACAGCAUGAAGGACUCCCCAUACGGAGCUACUAUCCCGGGGAGCUUCAUGCCCUCUGCCCUCCCUGGACAAGGGGUCUUCAACCAGCUUCAACCCGGAGUCCAGACGCAGCAAGCAGCCAAUGACAAGAUGGGCCAAUCUGCUGACGGCAUGGAUGCAGCUGCAGAGUUAGUACUGCAAGGUAUGCAGAAUGCAAUGAGUCGUGGUAUGGGUCUUCUGGGGAUGCACCCCUCAGCUUCCCUUACCCACCCCCUGCACCAGCAGGGCCUGCCUGGCCAGAGGAUGCCUGGGCUGAUGCCGCUGGACCUCCGGCCUAAUAUGCUCCAGGGUGCCGGGGCCCGGUUCCCCCUCCUGAUGCAGCAGGGCCUGUCCCAACAGAGCCUUCUGGAAGCGUCCCUCCAUGCCCAGGCCCGCGCCAGAGCGGCCUCCCAGAUGGAACGCUUCAACAGGGCCGAGGAGGCCUUCAACCGGGGGCCCAACCCCCCAAACGAAAGCAUGUCCAAGGCUGAGGACGAGCCUUCCUCUGGAGCUGAUGAUAGCCAGCAGGGGGGGGACCAAGACUACCGCUUCCCUCCGCCCCAGGAGAAGCAGAGCACAGGCCUACUGAGGACCCCUCCCCUGGAGCACAGAGAGUCCAUGGGUGGAGGAGCUGGUGGUGGUGGUUUGGGCGGAGGCAGACCUGCCCUGCUCCAGACCCCAGUGAGAGAGCCAGCUAGAGACAGCGUGGCAGGGCGGCUUCAGGCCCUCGCCGGCUUCACCCCCCAGACCCAGAGUCGCUGGGGGCCACUCAGAGGGGACUUUGGUGAGCGUGACAUGCGGAGCUCUCCGGCCGCGGUCUCCAAGGGCUUCCAGGAAGCGCGCCCUUGCUCUAACCAAGGGCAGAACUUUCCCAACCGCUUUGAGAACCAGAACCGCGCUGGAUCAGCAGGAGGGGUAGGAGGAGGAGUAUGUACUGGUGGUGUUGGAGGGGGCCCGGCGUGGAGUCGUGGUGGAGUUGAUGCUGCAGCACCGUUCGCUGAUGCUGACAUGCCCCAGGACUUGGAUGAGUGCCGGCGUCCUUGGGACAGGCAGCAACGGGACAGGGACUUUGACUUCAGGAAGGAGAUGAAUGGCAACCGGCGUGAGAGAGACAGCCGUGAGAAGGAGAGGGAACGCGAGAGAGAAAGGGGCCGUGAGCGUGGUAACCGUGAACGAGAGCAGGAGCGUGACCGGGAGAGAGAGCGUGAAAAGGAGAGGGAGAAGGAUCGGGAGAGGGAACGUGAGAGGGACCGUAACAAGCGUGGAGCCUGGACACCCCUUCUUCCUCUACCACAACCCCUGCUCCCUACUCCUACCCUGACCCCAACCCUCUCCCUGACCCAAGGCAAACCUCAGGCCCUGCUGCAACUACAGUCCAAGCUUCAACCUAAACCUGGACUCCUAACUAAACCGGGUCUGCUUCAAACUCCAACUCUCCUAACUCGGUCAACAUCUCAUGUCUCAACCAAGUCUCUUCUUCAAGCCCCAUCCCAGUCUCUUCAAGCCCCAUCCCAGUCUCUUCUUCAAGCCCCAUCCCAGUCUCUUCUUCAAGCCCCAUCCCAGUCUCUUCUUCAAGCCCCAACCCAGUCUCUUCUUCAAGCCCCAACCCAGUCUCCUCUAACCUCUCACCAGUCAUCCCAGUCUCCACCUAAAGCUCCACCCCAGUCCACCCAGUUUCCAACUCAAACCAAGAAUGAAGCCCUCCCCGGUCCUGUGCCCCAGGCAGAGUUCCAUUCCUCUCCCCAGACACAUGUUUCCCCCAAGUCUGAGUCCUCACCCCAGACCCAAUCCUCUCCUCAGAACCAGGUACCACCCCAAAACCAGGCUUCCCUUCAGGCCCAGUCGCGGUACCCUGCCCAUUCCCCUUUCCAGACAAAGUCCCCUCCCCAGGGCCAGUCAUCAUCAUGUGCACAGUCACCACCCCAGGCCUUGUCCCCACCACGGGCACAGUCGCCACCCCAGGUGUCCCCACAGGCCCCCCGCACCCCAGAGGAGAUCACUGACACCCAGGGGGAGCCAGAGAAACCCCGGUGGGCCAACGAGCCAGAGAAACCUCAGGAAGAUCCUGAACCCAUGGUAGAACCUCCAUCUCGGUGGGUCAAUGGAACAGGGUCGAGGAUGGACACUGACACAGUGGCUGAACCCACCACUACCCCGUCUCCCACUCCUGCACUCUCAAUGUCACUGGUCCUCACACACAGCCCUGUGGAGCCCCAAUGCCUGCCGGAGCCCCUGGACCAGCAGCAUCCCUCGCAGCAUGUCGCCUCUUGCUCCUCCACAAAGGAUGUAGACAAUGGACUGAAUGAGCCGAUGGAGGAAGCUGAGAAACAGCCAGUGGUAGAGAAAACAGACACUGAGGGGACAAUCAUCACUCAGUAGGUAAAGAUAAUUUUGUAAAGUUGUCUCUUCUCUGUACUCAUGUCAGCGACCCAAUGGACCCUGGGUAGUAUUUCACAUAAUAUUGUCUGAUAACCUAACAAUUGAUUUUAUCUCUCACAUAACGUGUACUUCAAUAGAUGGCUCGCUAGCUGAUUAAAUGGUAGGUGAUUUUUUUUUCUUUUUUUUUUUUAGUUAUGCCUCCCUCACGAUUUUAAGCAAGGUGAACUUUUAAUGAAAAUUGCUUGCCAAAAUGUUUGAAUUGUAAAUGAGAAAAAGAGCUUUGACCUUCCUAUGGAAGAGUGUACGGAUCCUGGCUGUUUCCAAUGGAUUAAAUCCAGAUGAGGGAAUAUUUGAAAACAGCUGUCGCUGGCCUGUUUUGUCUCUUCUUUUAAAUUAUGCUGCAGCAACGUUUUAAAUUAAUGCCUUUGUGGUGUCCUAUAUGCUUCUUGUCUAUAAGCAGAAUAUAGCCUACGUACAGUGAGAACAGUACAUUUGCUUCUAAAAAGGAACAUCCUAAAAGAUUAAAAACAUGACCUGUUAUCCCUAAAAUAAAUGUCUGUGAUUUGUGCAUCAUAAUGCAGUGAUUCAAAGGACAAAGUAAAAACGUAACACAAUAAGAGGGUGGAUGUUGGGUGCAUUCUGUUUUAGUUUGAAAUAAACAUGCUUUGUUUGUUAACAUGCUUUAGGACUGUAUUUUCUGACCCAGGACCAGUGGAGUCAUGUUUUACACAGACGCUACAUGCAUUUUGCGGUGGUGUGACAUACAAACAGCUGUGUCACUGCAGUAGUUAAGCCAUUGACUUGAUGUUGUCGUACCCCAUUAAGUCAGGCAGAAUGUCAGGCACGUGCCAGUGCUUUGACAUCAAUCUAUUCUAUCUACACCGCUCUUUAGUUUGUUGUUUGCGACCAUGGAUUCAUUUGUUUAUGACUUAGUUUCUGCUCAUUCUGUACUUUCCUAUGCUUUUGUUGGGUGGGUGACUAUUCGGGAUCGGAUCGUGCCUUUUUGAAUUGAUUAUUGUUCAGCAUGAUGCCUCCAAAUACACCACACUGUGCUCAAAGUGCUGCUUUGAUUUCCCUGAGACUGUACAGCCCCUCAGGGAGACGGCAGUCUGUCCAGCAAGCUGGUAACACAGACAAUUAUCUCCCUUGUCUGUCUGUGUGAUCAUAGCUGGCCAGUCUAUACAGCGCUUAGCCUGUGUGUAGGGGGAACCAACCAGUCUGUUUACUCCAUAGCUGUGUGCAUGCAGGCCUGUAGCCAUUUAUUCUUCUUUGUAUUGUUCUCCAUACUACUUCAGUGCAUUUCUGUUGAGACUUACUAUACUACCAGGAACGUUUCAGUAGUCUGGAUUUCUCAGACAAGCAAAUGUUAUAACAGAGUUGUGAAGUUGAAUAAAGUGUAAGGUACAUCAGCAUA